AUGCCGCAGUCUUCGACCGCCAGCGCUCGGGCACAGGAGCAGGAGUUCAAGCGCGCAAGAGGUGCCAUAUCUUGCGCAGAAUGUCGCAGGCUCAAGCUCAAGUGCGACAAGACCGUUCCGUGCUCGUCGUGCAAGCGCAGAGGCUGCUCCUCGAUAUGCCCGAAUGGAAGUCUUACCACCGGUCAGGGUACAAGAUUUAUCCUCGCCGACACCGACCGACUGCAUCGCAAAAUCGCAGAGAUGAGUGACCGUAUCCGCCAGCUCGAGGAUGCGCUCACGAUCCUGCAGUCGAGCGUCACACGCGAGACCCACCCACUGCUGACUGGUGACCUCCUCCUGAUCAAGUCUGGUCUAGAGCUGCACUCUGCCAUUAGCCCUCCUCAACCCGAAUCGGAGGAUGGAGGCCAAGCAGACGAGGAGGUGCAGUAUAUCGACGCGUUUGGCACGCUGGCUGUCCGAGACGACGGUGCCGCUACAUUCUACGGACGCUCCGCGGGCUCCGAGAGUUUGCUUCUGGAAGAGAACCCGAAGCCUACGCUGCAGCGCAAGAAGGGCAGGGUAGUGCUGCACGACGACAUCACGCGCCUAACAAAGUCAUUUCCGGCAUCCCCCUCUAAUUUGCAGGUCGACGACGCCGAGGACAUGAUCGUGCGCUACCUGCCUCCGUGGACGCGAGCGGCACAGCUGUGCGACCUAUAUCUCGAGCAGGCGCCCUGGUUCUUCGGUGCAGUCACGCGGCGGCAGCUCGUCGAGGAAGUACUACCGCUCUUCUAUCCUGAGGCGGAGGCCUACCGCGAUGCCGAGGCCGGGCGCACGAACACAGGGCCCGCACUCAGUAGUUCAGCGUCCGCGUUCGAUCUACCUGCGGUAGCGCCAAAGCCUGCACAGUGGUCCGCGCACGACCUCGCGCUGCUUUUCGUGGUCUUCUGCUUCGGCGCGCUCACGGACGAGACACUUCCUCCCGUGCCAAACAAUCCGGAGGCGGACGGGUACUUCCAGCUGGCGCGCGCCGCGAUGAACAUCGAGCCCGUGCUCGAGCGCCCGCCGAGCGUCGUCACGGUGCAGACGCUGAGCCUGAUGGGGAUAUACAUGGGUCUGGUCCCUGACGAGAAUAGCAUCGAGGGCACGUGGUCGCUCAUGGGCUUGAGUUCGAAGCUGGCGCAGAGCAUUGGUCUCCAUCGCGACUGUGCACGAUGGAAGCUCUCUCCAGCAGAAGUUCAGAAACGGCGCUCGCUGUUUUGGGAGCUGUUUAUUACGGACUGCUGGCAGGCUCUGGCAACAGGCCGGCUGCCCACAUUUUCACUGCCAUUCGUCGAUACGGAGCUAGCCGGGGACCCAGAUGAGACCAUCUCAGAUGACGGUACCGCAGUUCCUAGCUUUCCUGCGUGGAAGGCGCGGUUUGGGAAAGAAUGCGUUGCAGAAGUCGUGCAGGGCACACUCACAUCUCGUGCUCCGAAGUACACUGUCAUUCUAGAGCUUGACCGCAAGAUCCGCGAUAUGCAAAUGCCGCGAUAUGCCAUCGGACCUGCGCCCGUUGGCAGUGGGCUCCGCGAGACGAUGCUGCACUUCAUGCCCAUCAAUUACCGAGAACUCACCUUGCUAUACGUGCAUCGCUGCUUCUUUGCUCAGGCGCUUACAGACAAUCCGAUAGACCCACUCAAGAGCCAGUACGCACCAUCAUUCCUUGCAGGAUACCGUAGCGCAUGUGCGCUUCUUUUGUCUCUCCGAGAAGCAUUUGUCCUCUUUCCUGUGCAGAUCGCUCGUUUCUGGGUUCUCUGGACACACGCGUUCUCCGCCGCUGUUAUGCUUGCUUCUGUUGUCACUCACGGAGGGCUCACAAAGACCGCGCAGGCGGCGCUGGGCGAGCUGAGGCUAGCGUAUGACCUAUUCGAAAAAGCUGCGCUGCACGGCGGACGCUCUGUACAGUUCCUGCCGAUCGUACGACGCCUGCACGAGAAGGCGUACUCAACGUACACGCAGGGCAUACAGCCGGUGCGCAAGGAUAUAUUUACGCCGCGCGCCCAGAAGGAGGAAUCUCAGGACGAACUGUCCAUCUUCAGCGGGCGCACCCCACGCACUGUCGCGACUAAAACGGGCAAGCAGCGACCUAACCCCGCGCGCUCCGUCUCGCGCCGCCGCACCGCUGUGACGGGCGCGUCGAACCCGCCGCAGGCGCCGUCCGAUACGAGCUCAGGCUCCACUGCAAUCUCGCCGUCCGUCUCGGGUUCCGGCUCUGGCUCCGCGUCGGGCUCGAGCCGCGACUCGACGUCACCGCAGAACGCGACACGCGACACGUUCCCCGCGCUCGACUCGUACGGCGCGUCCGUGCACCCGCUGCUCGCGGACCAGAUGCGCUCGUUCAGCGGCGAGCUCGACAGCCAGAUCAACGCGUAUUAUGCCGCGCACGCGCACGAGUACGCGGCGUCCCAGGAGGAGCAACCAUACCUCGCCCCGGUAGCCCCCGCACAGGAGGAAGAGUGGUACGCUGCCGCGGACCGCGAGGCGAUGCCCCCUCCCCCCAAUCCACCGCCGUCGAGCUCGCACUCGCAGUACCAGGUGCAUGCGAUGCCUCCACCUCCGGCCCCGGCCCCGCCUUCGGCAGCGCAGAUGGCCCCCGCUCAGCCCGUGUAUGCGCAUUCGGAGAUGCACGCCCCAGAAGGGCAGUACCACGAGUACGGUGCGCCCUCUGUGCCCGACCUGCACGCGUACGCGUUCCAGCAGGAGCACGGGCAGGGCUGGGGCCACGAGAGCGAGUUGGUGUACUCGGAGACACCUAUGGAGGGGUACCACCAGCAGGCCCAGCCAGCGGACUACCAUCCGCAGGAGUACCCGGAGGAAUACCCGGCCCAGCAGGGGUAUCAGGAGAUGUACGAGAAGCUGCCGCCGGCGGAGUAUCACCAGACCCAGCUCCAACUCGAGCCCCAGCCCCAACCCCGGCCCCAGCAUCACCAGCAGUACUACGCCAACGCGCACACGAACGGACAGGAUUUCGGCCAGGUGUACGGGCAGCACCAAGGCCACCAACAGAGUUACCAGACGCACCAGACGUACGACACUCACAGCCGCAGUCGUUCGCACAGUCGCCGCCCCAGUGCACAGCAGUAUCCGACCCGGAUUCAUGUGCCGCAGGUGGGGCUGGUGGAGGUGCAGCCAGGUUAUAACCUGACGGAAACGUGGACGUCGUUCGUGCAGCAGGAAGUGCCCGCCGCGCUCGCGCCGUCGUAUGCGCGUCGCCAGUGA